UUCGGAUUUUAUAAUUACCAUGUAAAUACCAUGAACAAACAUCCACACAUAUGCUUUGUUCGACACAUGUCGGUUGUGUAAACAUUGCGCAGUUUUUCAAAAUCUUAAUCAUUUUCGCUUUCUUGAUGAAAUAAUUACUCGGUUCUGUAAUCUCAUGGCUAAUUCAAGACACUUGUUGUGGACUGUUGUGGUUUUUGUUGUGCUUCUCUGUGGUAAGUUGAUGAACUGUUUUCACAUGUAAUGUAUUCAGAUUUAUAACUUGUGGAUAUGUUUUGAAUAUGUAUGCUUGUAGGUUACACUAUCAAAGUUUCUGUGAUCACAGUAGGAAUUUUGCAUGUGUACAUUCUGAGAAUUGAAUGAUUUGUAAGAAAUGUUUGAGGGAACUCACUCGCUAGUAAACGCCACUGAUCGUGGUAAGACCAUAGAAAUAUUAGACCUGUCUAUUAUUUCUAUGGGUAAGACAUCAUUCGCAGGCAUCGCCAUUAGAUUAUCGGGCAAAAUAUGCUUGCAGGCCAAAAAAUAAGUGAAUUAACCAUGAGAUGCCUGCGGAGGAGGCUAGGUAAGACCGUGGUAAACAAUGAGUCCGUUUCCUCAAACAUUUCUUACAAUUUACAAAUCGUUCAAAAUGUAGAAUUUAUAGGGGUGGUGAAUAGGGGUAUACAAAUCCGCUCAAAUUUGAAGCAAAAUCCGCGAUCCGACAAUGGCCUUGUCUAAAUUUGAAUCCGCUAAAAGAUAUACUAUGAAGUCACAAUCCAGGAUCCGAAUUAAAUUGCAAGCUAAAUCCACAAUCCGAGCCAAAAUAUUUGAUAAAUCCGCAACCACUGUAUUAAUCCGUGUAAAAUAUUCGCCAGAUCCGAAAUUUUUUUCUAUGAAAUCCGACGAUCCGAAAACCUAUUCCCCCCCCUCCACAGAAAUUUUGAUAGUGUAAACCAGCCAUUAGUUCACAAAAUUCCGCAUCCUUUACAUUUAUAGGUGUGUACUAUUGGGGGCCUUCGGUUUCCCAAGCCGAAACACACGAUGCCAAUGGGACAAAUCCUUGUUUCGAGCCAAAGUUCGUUGGACCUUGUCGGGCUGCCAUGCCGAGAUAUUACUACAAUCAACAAAGCAAGGCUUGCGAGAUGUUCAUCUUUGGAGGAUGUUCGGCAAAUGGGAAUAAUUUUGUGAAAAAAGAAGAUUGUGAAAUAACAUGUCUCGGCCAUCCCACUCCCAGCCAAGGUAGUGACGAAUUUUGAAAGGUGUGCUUUCAGAUUUCCGAGAAAUGAAUUUUUGAAUGUCGCAGUCUUUUUUGUAAUGGUGGAACUUGGUAUUUUUUAGGUCCCUGAGAUGAAGAAUGGAAACUGAGCAAAAAAUUUAAUUUGUUUAUUAAAAUAUGAUAAACAUAUUCACUAUACUUUUAUUGUAUUAUUGUAAAAAAUCUAUCGACUAUAAGCAAUGUCAAAAUGUACUAUUCUCCAUUCUUUUGAGAAUAAAUUAUCACAAUCAUAACUAUAUUGUCUACCAAAGACUUAGUUAAUAUUUUCAUAGAUUGUCAUUUGAUAAAAUAGUACGACCAUCUCAAUGCCAUUGUUUUAUUAAGUAGUUCUAAACGGACUAAUAAGUUUUUACCGAUUGCCGACCAAUCUACAAUUGAGGUGCAUAUAAUAAUUGAAUCCAUGACCAUAUAAUCUCCACAAACGUAUGAUUUCGUUUCUGUAUAAGUUUUGUUCCUUGUUCUUAUAAUUUCGAUAUUAAGUUUCCGCUACCAAAGGUAUUGUUAGGAUCCAAAGAUUUCUUAAUCCCUCGCAUGACUUCGACGCCAACGGUCGAGACCGUCGCCGGAAGCCAUUUCUUUCUUAACUUGCCAAUGCCGUGAUGAUGCGAGAGGCUGCCACCAUUGGCUAACACUUCGUCCCUGGCACCGUCUUCGAUUUCCUGGUACAAGGCUAACGGAUCGGGCAGUCCGUGGUAAUUGAAGCCAAAGUAGAAAUACACACAAGCACCAGUGUCGUAGGUCUGAGUCACCCUGCACGUGACCAAUGGCUUAUACUGGAUUCCCAGAUCUUUACACUUCUUAUAUAUAGCAGCCUUGGUAUUACGACACAAGGUGGCGACUCUGUCCCAUGGCACGCAUGUCUCAAACGAUUCGGCGAUGAAACUGUAGUCAAAGCCCAGAUCACGGAGAUAAGCGAUUACAAACGUCAGCAUGUAACCGCGUCGCCCAUUUUCAGCUCCGGCUGACAGCCCGCCAUGUUUCUUCGCGAUAGCAUAAACCAACUUCUCCUGGUUCUCGACGCUUUCCCGUGUGCCUUGAAACAGCAAGGUAGCCACGCAUAGCGUGUUCGGGUCGAAUCCUUUGAAUCUAGUAACGUAGACGGUUUUUAUUCCGUCCAUAAGUGAUUGAAAAAAUGAACCAGAUUGUGGUUUUAGGGUCUGACCGAAUUUAAACUGUUGGUUGUCCAUAAGACGUAUCGAAGCCGGAGCGCAGCGUAGUUUUGCGAUCUCUCGUAGGCAUUCCACGCCAGAUUCGAAAUUCGGGAAGACCACAGAGCCGUAGGUUAUACAUUCCGGUAGCGGCUGAAUACGUAAUGUUACUUCGGUGACCACACCAAGGGUACCU